GCGGCGUUCCGGAGCAGAACCCGUGUUUCACCGGCCGACACGGCUGCGACACCAACGCCAUGUGCCGGCCAGGUGACAGCCUCCAGUUCACCUGUGAAUGUGCUACUGGUUUCACUGGAGACGGACGCUACUGCCACGAUAUUGACGAGUGCAGGGAGACUCCUCACAUCUGCGGAUUCAACGCCGUCUGCAAUAAUCAGCCCGGAACGUUCCGCUGUGAGUGUUUGACCGGCUUUGUGUUCGCCAGCGACGGGAGGACCUGCAUCGAGGAGGACCGUCCGGUGGAUCACUGUGAGAGAGGGACUCACACCUGUGACGCCGCUGAUCGAGCUCUCUGCAGCUACAGCGGAGGCUCGGCCUUCGUCUGCUCCUGCCUGCCGGGCUUCGAGGGCGACGGCCGGGUUUGUCGCGACGUCGACGAGUGUCAGCAGGAGCGAUGCCACAGAGACGCCUUCUGCUCCAACACUCAGGGCUCGUACACCUGCCAGUGCCGCCCUGGUUUCCACGGCGACGGCUUCCAGUGCACGGCCUCAG